AUGUCAUCUCAGCCAUUCAGCAGCACACAAGGCCAGGACUUACUAACGAGAGUUCGCUCCGCCGGGUAUGCUCGAGACGCAGAUGUGCUGCAAUUCAGAGAACUGCUAGAAAGUGACCACGUAGAUGGCGACUUUGCCUUGGCAGCUCUACGAACACUCGCCGAUCGCGAGCUGCAACACUUCAACAAUGAGCGUGGCAGCGCUUCUCUAGAGCUCCAGCUGCGGGCAAUGACUGCAGCGCUCGCUGUGAUCCGCAGCACCAUUUCCAAGCUCUCGCACAACUCCCACAAGGGCUUACAGUCAUCUAUUAGCAAGCUGGAUGAGUUUUGUUCGCGUGAUUUGCGCCUCCACAACAAUCCCAAUAUCGAAUUCCUGAUGCGCAAAGUGAAGAAGGACACAUUAUCUCUGGCGAACGAUACCACGAAGACAGACAUAGCUAUGAACGUGGGUCUAGCAAUCGGGAGUGCCGCCCUGGCAAUGUACGGGAGGGACUUGCUAGGGGCUAUAGACGCACUGCAAACGUCCUCUCUCGAAUGGAACCAAACGUGGGAUGCAUUCUUGAUCAUCGCGCAAUCGUUUGCUGCCAAUACGUCAGUGCUUGGAUCUCCUUCCAGCCAGGAUGUCGACGCCAUCGUGGCCAAAACUGUUGCCGCCUAUGAGAGCACUCAAGUCCAGCGUUCUGUCACUGCCGGGACUGAGCUCUUUGCUGGUCGGGGCUCCUUAAUCGCCUUUGAGCUCAUGGAUGCGUUUCAGCAGCGAUACACAGCGACUCAAGAUGCCUCGCUCGUAGUGCCGGCCUGUGAAGUCGCAUCUACGUACCUAUUCGACAAGAAAGGGCGUCACAAUCUGUAUUUCAAAGCAUUAGAAUUGCUCAACAGCCUUGGCGAGAAGACAGAAGCAAAGGCGGCUAUCCAGCAGGCCGAGAUCAGAAUAAAGCCGGAGACUCUCAGGACCUUGCGCAGUGAUGUUGCAAUUAAAAUUGCGCAAGACUCUGUACUGCUCCAGCGGAUCCAGACAGACAAGCUCUCGGAGACCAGUGCGAUUUCGAAUAUAGCCUUUGCACCUUCUGCAUAUCCGGUAUCUUCUGGCACGACAGUGGUCACACGAAACUUUGCCGAUGGCUCAAAAUACGUCGGCGGCGAAAAGGACGGCAAAUUCCACGGCGAGGGUGUGCUAACGCGUCCCAACGGUGAGCGCCGUGCUGGUACUUUCGAGAAUGGGUUCUUAGAAGGCCGGGGAGGGGUCGACUACGCCAACGGAGAUCGGCGUGAAGGUCUAUUUCGGGCCGGCAGACAUCGGCAGGGUGUUUUGAUACUCUCUUCCAAGCAGCGCCACGAGGGUGAUUUCGAUCUCAACGGCAAGCUGACCCGGGGUACGAUCAAAUGGGGCAACGGCGACAUUCGCAAGGGAAAUUUCGUGGAUGAUAAGCUCGAGGGGCAGGGCGAACAUAUAUUCCCGAACGGGCAGCGUCGUAAAGGGGUUUUCAAGGAUGGUUUCCUACACGGAGAAGGCAAAGUCUGGUAUGAAGACGGAAAAUAUCGCGAGGGGACGUUUGCAGGUGGCCGACACCGCAAGGGAACGCUUAUUAUACCUAACAAAGAUCGACAUGUUGGAGACUUCGACGAGGAUCGAAAGUUACGCAAGGGCUCCAUCGUUUUCGCAGACGGAACCGUACAGACUGGGACAUUUGAGGAUGGAAAGCUCACUGGCAAUGGGGUGCUUGUGUAUGCAAACGGUCAGAUUCGCGAAGGAGUCUUCAACGGAGGGUAUCUCCACGGGGAUGGCAAGGUGUCUUACCAGAAUGGGGACUACCGGGAAGGUAGAUUUGAAGGAGGUCGCCAUCGGGAAGGUUUACUUGUUCAGGCGGACGGUGUUCGAUUUCUGGGAUCAUUUAAUAUGAGUGGGAAGCUGGAUGGCCAUGGUAGUAUGACUGUGCCAGGUAAUGGGGAGCUCAUUGGCCAGUUCACUGACGGAGUAAAGAUGGCCUAA